AUGCAGCGAUGGCAGGUAGAGCGGGAAACGUGGUCGCGCCACGUCCAACGCCUAUACGACGAUGUAGAAAGCCGUUUGAAUGAGGUGGACCGCCUCAGGGCUGAGGCAAAUGCACUCCUUGCGGCAGCGCGCACAGAGGCAGGAGCUGUUGUUCGAAAAGAAAUGAGCUCAAUCAACGCACGUGUGGAUGACCUCCAUAGGCAGACAGCGCACAUCAAAAAGGACCUGCAGAGCACUCUUCACGAUGUCAGCACCAGUCUUGGGGCAUGUGAGAAGAUGACUGUAAUUCAGUGCCAAGUGUGCGAGCUGCAGAGGUGGCGCGAAGCGUCACUACCAGACUCAUUGGCGCAAACUAUGAGUCACACUGUUGAGGAUAUGAUUACAGAGCAACAAGAGCGACUGAUGGAGCAAUUCGCACCCCGGGAACUGGAGGAACGGUUGAAUAGAAUCAAGGAAGAGAGCCACGCCGCAGCUGUAGCUCUGGCAAACGAUAUUUCCACAUUAGCGGAGGACCUUCAAAGCGUCCACAGAGACAGUCAGAGAGCAUUUGAGUCCACAGGAUAUCAAUUCGACAGCUUGGGCGUUCGAAUCACACGUAUGGAGAGAAACGAUCCUUCGCAGCGAAUAGAGGCGGUCCAGGAGAAGCUGGAGCUCAUCGUCAAGCAGCAGGCCAUGCACGACGACUCGGUGGAAGGUAUACUGCGUUCAAUUCUGUCCGACCUUACGAAGCUGAGUGAGAAGGUGAAAGAACUCGGGACGUGCAUGGAAGAUCUUUCUGAGCGCGUGGAAGGAGACCGCGAAUUCACAAGAAUGUCGUUUCAAGGAUGCGUUGGUGGUCGCCAUCCUGCCAGGGAAAGAGGAACUCGGUCACAUGACACAUGA